UGUUAGUUGAAGUCGUUGAAGAAUCCAGAUCAAUUCAAAUAUCCACGUUGUAUAUAAUUAAAAGGUCUUUAUUGAACAUUGUAUAAUUAAAAGAAGGGCAAAAUAUUAUGAAUAUGAUAAUUAAUUAUAAGCAAACGACAAGGACAGCCGCCAAUUUGUUGAAAAACGGUAGUAACCUUUUAAGAAGAUACGCUACUAUAGCCGAUUACAAAAUUACUUGGGUACGACCAGAGAAAAUCUCAUAUUUGUCAUCUGAAACAUCUGGUGAUUUAGGGUUAAAAAUUGAUGUCAAAUCAUCUGAUUUUGGCGAAAAGUUCAACGAGUUACCUGAACUGAAAAGUGCCAGUGAUAUUGUUAAAAAAAUGUUUACGUUACAAUUUUUACCUCGCAAAGAAACAAUUUAUGUUAGAAGAGACAAGAUGUUGGAAUUGGUUAAAAGACACAGAUUGGAUGAAAAUUCGCCAGAAGCUACAAUUGCCAUUAUGACUAAUGACAUACAUCAGCUGCAAGAAUUUUUAAUGGAAUGUCCUAAGAACACGAAAAUAAAAGUUAAAUUGUUAGAAACAAUUGCAAAGCGAAGGAAAGUGCUUAAGAAUUUGCGGCAUUGGGAUUACAGACGUUUUGAAUGGAUCUUGGAAAAACUUAAUCUUGUUUAUAAACCAGCACCUGAGUUACCACAUCAGAUCACCAGGAAGGAUUCUUUAAGACGUUUAACGGAAAAGCGUUGUAACGAACUUGUGCAAGAAAAAUUGGACAUUUACAAAAGAGAAUUGAAAGAAUUACAAAAGGAUUUUUAUAUAGAAAAGGCAGAGAAGCUUGCGUUUAUUAGGGAGGAAGAAAUAACAUGUGGAUUACAACCAUCAGUGAAUGAGGAGGACAUCGCAUGUGCUAAGCAAAAAGCAAAAGAAUAUCAAACAUAAUAAAUCGGUAUAUUAUAAUUUA